AUUUUAUUCAGAUCGCGUCAUCGCGUUCAUUCGUUACAUCAUACUCUAUGUAUGUGUUCUUCCGUACUGUUGCUCAUUUUAUUCAGAAUUCAGAUCGCGUCAUCGCGUCAUCGCGUCCACGUACACGUCGUGUUCGUACUCGUUUCGCUGUCGUCAGUUUUUCUUCAUCUCAUUUAUUCGCUGUCGCUGUCGCAGAGAUCGAUGCACGUCUGUCCCGCUCCCGCAGUAGUCGCGUUGUCGGACAAACGGAAUACCGUAGGGCGGUCGGGAGUACCGGUUCGAUGUUCCCAGAUGAGGGAAGAUUUCUUCUUGUACUUUCUGACGCACUUCGACUGUUGGAAAUUCUUGAAUGUCGUGAGGUUCGCGAACCCGCGUUCCUCCAUGCGGUCGUAAAUCUCCUUGAGUGUCAUCCACCUCCCCCGAUUCUCCGUCAGGAUCGCUUCGAGCUCGUCAUUCAACGUCGUCACAGCCUCCCAACGUUUCUCCGCAUUUUUCUUCCCGCGCGCGACGUUUUGCGCCCGCUGGCGCUCCAGCUUGGCACGGUCGGGCUCCGUCAGCGUGUCCGCCUCAGAGAGCCGCUUGUACUCCGCGGCCUUAGCCUUCCCGCCUUUCUUCCCGCCGCGGCUGCGCGCGUCCCGCACGCGCUCAAGCUUGGCACGGUCGGGCUCCGUCAGCGUGUCCGCCUCAGAGAGCCGCUUGUACUCCGCGCCGGCAGUCGCACCUCCGCGUGCGCACGACGCGCGCAGGUACGCGAGGUCGGCGGCGGCCUCCUCGGUGAUCGUCUCCGCCGCCUCCGCCUCCGCGAGAUACUUCCACCGCGCGGCGGUAGUCGCACCUCCGCGUGCCGAUCCGCGUGCCGCGCACGCGCGCAGGUACGCGAGGUAGUCCCUGUCUUUCAUCCCGAUAGUCCCCGCCUCCUCAUCCGCCAAGAGCUGCCGCCACUUCUCGCGGGUCAUCUGACCACCGAGGUGGCAGCACGCGAGCAGGUACGUGAGCUCCUCCGCGUCUUCGUCGCUGAUCGUGCCGUUCUCCGCCUCCUCCUGCAGCCGCCGCCACUUCUCGCGGGUCAUCUGACCACCGAGGUGGCAGCACGCGAGCAGGUACGUGAGCUCCUCCGCGUCUUCGUCGCUGAUAGUGCCGUUCUCCGCCUCCUCCUGCAGCCGCCGCCACUUCUCGCGGGUCAUCUGACCACCGAGGUGGCAGCACACGAGCAGGUACGUGAGCUCCUCCGCGUCUUCGUCGCUGAUCGUGCCGUUCUCCGCCUCCUCCUGCAGCCGCCGCCACUUCUCCUUCGUGGUUCGCCCUCCCCGUGCCGCGCACGCGCGCAGGUACGCGAGGUAGUCCCUGUCUUUCAUCCCGAUAGUCCCCGCCUCCUCAUCCGCCAAGAGCUGCCGCCACUUCUCGCGGGUCAUCUGACCACCGAGGUGGCAGCACGCGAGCAGGUACGUGAGC